AUGGACAGCAAGAGCAAGAGCAUAUCGGAAGAAUUUGUCACUGAUAAGCAGUCCCCAACACGUCACUUUCUGGAGGAUACUGAAGCGCAAAGUGAAAUCUCGGUGGAUUAUGCGGGAGCCUCAAGAAAAACGGACCCGGCGGAGAUCGCCCUGGUCAGGAAGCUUGACACAUGCAUGAUGCCCUUUCUGUGGAUACUAUGCUUCAUGAAUAUCUUCAACCGACAGGCUAUCUCUGUAGCUCGACUGGACAGCCUUGAAGAAGAUCUGGGGAUCAAUGACACACAAUUCAGCACCGCAGUUUCGGUCCACUAUGCUUCUUACAUCUUGGGCCAGAUUCCUUCAAACCUACUUCUUACGCGGGUUCGACCGGCGUGGUAUAUCUGCGGUGCUAUGGCUAUGACCAGCAUCGCCACUAUGCUCAAUGUUUUUGUGGUGAACAAUACCGGCCUGAUACUACAGCGGUUCUUUCUGGGCAUCAUAUCAGCCCCGUACUACCCAGGGGCGAUGUACAUGGUCAGCUUGUUCUACAAGCGAAAAGAGAUAGCAACUCGGAUCAGCAUCCUGUUUAGUGCGAACAUCCUCGCUACGGCUUUCCAAGGCCUCAUCGCAGCGCCAAUCUACAGCGAGCUGGGCGGCGUCCGAGGCCUCUCAGGUUGGCGAUGGAUGUACCUGAUCAUGGGAUCCUUCAGCCUCUUCUUCAGCAUAACAGGCCUCUUCUUCUUCCCCAACAAGCCCACGACGACCUGGUGGCUGACGCCGGCCCAGAAGCAGCUGGCGGCAGACCGCAUCGCGGCGGACACGGUCGAGAGGAAGGAGGACGUGAACCUGCUCAAGGGCCUGCGCGAGUGCCUAAAGGACCGGUGUGUGUGGGUGUUCAUGGUGUCUCAGCACCUUCAGACCGCUACCAGCAGCUUCCGCAUCUUCCUCCCGACGCUGAUUGAUACUCUCGGCUUCUCACGGACCGUCACGCUGGUCCUCACUUGCCCGCCGUAUAUCCUUGCUGGCAUAUCUUCUGUCCUGGCGGGGCUAUCGUCUGGCAGGUUCAAUGAGCGGACGUGGCAUAUCACUAUCAUCAAGUUUGUAUCCAUCAUAGGUUUCGUUUUGGCUUGCGCCACCAUGGACACCGGGGCGAGGUAUUUCGCCGCCUUCGUGUUUGUGGCCGCGACGUAUCCCGUCAGCCCGCUGAAUCUGUCCUGGGUUGGCAUUACCUGCGGGCAGACGAGUGAGAAGAGAGCUGCGUCUCUAGCGGCUGUCAACACGUUGUCGAGUGUCAGCCUGAUCUGGACACCGUACCUAUGGCCCGACUCCGCAGCUCCUCGCUAUGUCCUGCCCAUGGCUGCAAGUGCCGGCAUGUGCUUUGCCACUGUUGCUUUGAGCUGGUAUAUGAGAUGGGACCUGAUGAGGGAGAACAAGAGGAUACGGCGCGAUGAUAAUGCCGCCCAGAUAUUUUAUGCCUACUGA